AUGGCACAAUUUUGUGCGAACAAUCGGGAUGUCGUAUGCUACUUGGUUACCAAACACUCGUGGAAGGGGAAAUACAAGCGAAUAUUUUCCAUUGGCACUCUAGCUAUAACCACCUAUAAUCCUCAAACUCUGGAGAUCACAAAUCAGUGGCAGUACGAAGAUUUUAUUGCAAUCAAGCCGUCACCAAAGAAUGCGACAGGCGACAGCAAGCAGGAUGAGUUCGUCAUUUAUGUCAGGCAUAGGGGAAAGAAGGACACUAUGAGAUUCUCGUCUGAUUUUACGGCGCAGAUUCUGACCGACUGCCUUCAUUUUAACACUAAGUUUGCGGAGCGAUACUCGGACCCAACCGCUGUUAAUGCAUACAAACAUAGUUGGGCAGACAGACGAAUCCCAGUUGUGUUGAGAGCUAACGCCGCUUCUAUCGAACAAGUUGAUAGUCGUGGAGUCGUAAUUCAGUCUUAUCCCUACCGCAGGAUUCGCAAAAUUCUCAAGGUAUCAGAUUGUCCAGGAGGCUUCAUAAUUGACGUUGGUGAUCAUCUUCGCAGGCAUCUGUUCGCUUCUACGAAAACUGAUGAUUUCCUGAAAGAUGUGCGACGUAUAGCUGCUGAUAAUUUGGGCAUUAUUGUUCCUGUCACAAAAGAAGCAGCUACCUUGGAAGAAUUUGCGCGAACUAGGCUCGGACUUUGCAGUCGAGAUGACCAAAUUACUUCAUAUGUUGAGUUCGUAGUACAAAAGUACAGCCGUCGCCAUGAACCUUCCGUUCGUCGAUUGCUUUGUCUAACUGAGACAUGCCUUGUUGAACGUGAUCCUGCAACUUAUGCCGUAGUUUGCGCCACACCGUUAGAACAAAUCGUUUGCCUAGUUCGGUUAGAGAAAGACCCUCAGCAGUUUGUUGUUGAAUACAUGAACACUGAGGGUAGAGUGUACUCAGCUGCUGAAAGAGAUCUCAUAAUUGCAUCACUUAUUGAUGGUGCUCGCGCUGCUGGGAAUGAAUUGGUGUAUGUUACCAGCUACCGAUUUGAUCAACACCUACGAUUAUUGCCACAUGGUCAGCUACUGGAUGAAGAUGGUGAAUCGCAAUGCAUGCGACACGUUAUUGCACCUCCUCCUGGUUUGAAACGCGCCGAUCUCAUCCGAAGAUUCAACGCGAAUAUCCCCUAUACGGGAUUGACGUAUUCGGUGUCUCAAGAAGGGUUCUUUACUGAGAACAAAGGGAAAGUUAUUGUUGCUGCGCUGGAUGCGGUUCUUGGAGAAUGUUAUGAGAAGGAUGAUCCUAACUAUGUGUACAAGUGCGAAGCCCAGUUGCAAUGUCUACGAAGGUUGUUUGCAUCAAAAAGUGGCUUCCAAGCUUUCACCGAAGUUCCUGGGAUCCGGGAGAAACUAGGUACCUUGGUGAUUCGAAUCCUGUCGUAUAAGAAUGAGGCCAUUGAUCACGCAACUGUUGAAGCACUGUGUGCCUUGAUGCAUCCAAUGCACAAUCAGUAUGAACUGCGGACGGAACAACUAAAUAAACAAAGUCUUCUCAGCAGUUCGAAGUUUGUGGAACACCUACUGGAUCUAAUCGUGAACCAUGUGGAGCGCGGUACCGGUUGGCUUGUGAUUGCAUCGAUGCUUGAUUUCCUCACUUAUGCCGUAUGCGCACCGUACAGUGAAACUACAGGUGGUGAACAGUUUGAUCAAAUACUGCGACUCGUCGCAUCACGUGGUCAAAGUUUUUAUCGUCUCUUCCAGUGUCCGAGCAUGACGAUUAUCAAAGGAGCAGGAAUGGUGAUGCGUGCCAUAAUUGAAGAGUCUGAUGUGGAGACGUCAAAAGCCAUGCAGAUGCUAGCGCUUACAGAGGGCGCCUUCUUGACACAUCUGCGGCUAGCUUUGCUGAACACAGGAAAAGAUCUUACGGUUCUUACUAACAAACAACUGAGUGGUCAUCUAAUUGGUCUUUGGAUUGCUGAUAACAAAGCUGCGACGGAUCUCUUAAGCCGUUGUCUUCCGCGUGGUUUACUAGACUUUCUUGAUUCCACUGCGAAGGUUCCUGUAAGUGAGGCAGACUUGCUAAUUCCUCGGAACAAUUUGGAAGCAGCAACAAAUGAACUGCGACAGAGCGCUCUUAAAGAAAAACUUGAGAAUCUCAGAGUCACUGCAGAGGCUGGACUUGAACGAUUCAUUCAACACUGGGACCUGGAACAAAAACUGAGCUUUCUACCACGCAAACAAGACGAGAAACCGAAGCAGCGACCUGUCGUGCUGAGAAAGCGACGCCAGCGUGUUCGAAACUCCGUGAAUUGGAAGCUUUUUGCCUACCAGUUCGGGCGAGAUCAUUCACAAGCAGAUCUUCUGUGGAAUGAGAAAACGAGGGAGGAGUUCCGACUUUCAAUCGAAGGGGAACUUCGUGCUCUUCAGAACGAAAAAGAGCAAGCAGCUGCCGACACGCCUAUUUCAUGGAACCACACAGAAUUUCAGAUUCGCUAUUCGUCGUUGCAAGACGAGGUCAAAAUAGGUGACUAUUACCUCCGCCUGCUGCUUCAAGAAGCGGAUGAAACCGCCACUCCUAUCCAUAAUCCGACUGAAUUUUUCAACAAUGUCUACCAUCGAUUUCUUUUGUCGGCAAAGUGUGAGAUGCGAUGCCUCUGUCUUAAAGCUAUGGCUGUGACCUACGGUCGUCACCAUAUGACCAUAGGGCCAUUCGAGGACUCUCGACAUUUUGUUAGCAUGCUCGUAAAGUGCACUAACGCUGCAGAGAGGGAUCACUACAUUCUGCUCAUAUCUAAACUAGCAUUAAAUAAGGAUAAUGUGCGAGAACUGAUCAAUUCUCAAUUGCUGCCCAUUCUGGUGGACCUGGCCGCACUCGCUCAUCUUCAUGUGCAGAGAGCAAAAAUCCAGAAUCAGUCUAAUGUAAUUGAAGCGAGUUCUGAACAGAUCAGUGAGGGCAGUUCUGCAGAAUGGUAUUAUGCGUCCCAUGAUAACAACAAAGACAAAAUUGGACCGCUUUCGUUUGAAAAGAUGAAAACCUUAUAUGCAGACAAGACCAUAUUCGAGAAAACUGCCGUAUGGGCGGCUGGUAUGGAAAAGUGGGAACCUCUCAGCAAGGUUCCUCAGUUUCGAUGGACUGUGUGCCUUGGGCAACAGGGUGGAGUUCCGCUUUACAACUUUACACAGUUGUGCUCAUUGUGCCUGGACAUAAUGAUACAGAUGUGCGAAUUCUUCCCUUCGAGAGAUGAGAACAACAGCAUUGUGCGACCGAUGCCUCAGGUCAAGAAAAAUCUAACUGAACCUGUAUUGUUGUAUCAAAUUGUGCAACUUUUGCUCACUUAUGAUCCCAGUAUUGUCCAACGUGUCGCUACUUUGGUGCAUUUAGUAAUGCAGGACAAUCCUUUCCUUCCUCGUCUGUAUUUAUCUGGUGUUUUCUUCUUCAUUCUAAUGUACAAUGGAUCAAACGUCCUGCCAAUAGCUAGAUUUCUGCACUAUACGCAUAAAAAGCAGGCGUUCCGAUCAGCACUGCCGGGACUGGAAGGUGCCUCACACUCCGUGCUUUCCCCUCUGCUACCGGCUGCUGCCAUUUUUUAUCUGGAGGAAUAUGGACCUGAUAAAUAUGCCGAAGUCUUCUUGGGUGAAUUCGAUAAUCCGGAGAUCAUCUGGAGUACUCAAAUGAGGCGUCAUCUCAUCGAGAGGAUAGCUGUGCACGUAUCGGACUUUUCCAAUCGGCUUACAUCAAAUGUGAAGGCCCUGUACCAAUACUGUCCCAUACCGUUAAUCGACUAUCCAGAGCUGCAAAAUGAGUUGUUCUGCUAUGUCUACUACCUACGACAUCUAUGUGACAGACAGCGUUUUCCUGAUUGGGUUAUUAGGGAUCCGAUCCCGUUCCUGAGAGCAUGUCUCUCUGCGUGGUUUGAAGAGUUAGAGAAGAAACCGCCAGUGAUGUCCAUUGAGCAAGCACGUGAAACUCUUGGUUUGAACACUAUGGAAGAAGGAUGGCAGGACCCCGCAGUUAUACGUCGAGCGUAUUUCAAGUUGGCAGCGCGCUAUCAUCCGGACAAAAACCCCGAAGGUCGUGAAAUGUUCGAAAAGAUCAAUACUGCGUAUGAGUUGCUUUCAAGUGAUGCUGGUCGGUCCUCGAUGCCUGAUGCACACCGUAUAGUUCUAUUCCUCCAGGCUCAAAGCAUUAUUUACAGCCGUCAUAGUCAAGAACUAUCCGAAUACAAAUAUGCCGGUUAUGGACAGUUGAUUCGCACGAUAGACCUAGAAGCGAAGAACUCGUCGUUAUUCCAAGAGGGAGGUGGUGCUCUGCUUAGGGCAGCAGUAGAGUUGGCAAAUUACACGCUCAUGAGCAGCGCGCUGAAUGCUGAGCAACUGCGAAGGGAACAGGGACUUGAGGCCUUACAAACUGCGUUCGAUCGAUGUGUGCCUGUAAUUACCGAGAGCUCUUUACCAACAGAUAUGGCAGUUCAGGUCUGCGAACACAUCUGCAACUGUUUUGCAACGGCUUCCAGCUUCGAAGCAUGCUGUCAACGAAUCGCUGAAAUGCCUUCGUUGUUUGGGAACAUAUGCCGUCUGCUGCAAUUUCAGGAUCUUCCCCGACUAUCAGCGGCUGCUGCGCAGUGUAUAUGCUCAAUGGCUGUCGAUACGCUUCUGCAGACGCAGUUGUUCCAGUCAGGGGUUCUCUGGCAACUUGUCCCACAUCUGUUCCACUACGACUAUACCUUGGACGAAGGAGGAGUCUCACACAGCGAGGAGUCCAACAAGCAAGCAUUGGCGAACCGAUUGGCGAGGAUAUCAUGUGAGGCACUGGCAUGUCUGGCUGGUUUCAGGGAGGGAACACCCGAAAAUGAUGGCGUGCAGAACAGUUUACGAGCGUUGUUGACCUCUUAUGUAUGCCGCUGCAUGCGUACCGAAAGCAAUGAUGCGGUUCUCAAAACGCUGAACAGCAAUACUGAAAACCCAUACCUGAUUUGGGAUAAUGGUACUCGUGCGGAACUGUUAGAGUUUGUGGAACGACAUCGAACGUCGAGAGAGCAAACGAGUGAACUGUUCGGUGCUGAAUUCCAGUUAUCAAUUCAUGCCAAAGAGUUAGUUGUGGGUGAUAUCUUUGUGCGCAUCUACAACGAGCAACCCACUUUUCCGCUACUGGAGCCCAAGAAAGUCGCAAUGGACUUGCUGGAUUACAUGGGGCGUUAUGCUGGCGAGUUAACGGGACAGUUGAAAAAACCAACCAAUGGGAAUUUGAUUGAUAUUGACUGGUCUUCAUCGAAUGCUAAUAAAAUGUCUGCAGACGAGAAAGUCACAAUGUGCGCUGAAGCUCUAGCGAACUUAGUAUCUGCGAAUCCGGCGCACAUGAUAAUCGAGGACAAGAGAGUGGAAAUUUUGUUGAUUGGUCAUUUUCAUCUUAUUGUUGCUUAUCUUCGUGCACGAUUAUAUCCGAAAAUACAAAUGGCCACACUCAAACUGCUCUCGCUAGCCGCCGCAAACAAGGAAUGUGUUCAAGAUCUGUCGAAUAUGCGUGCUUGUUCUUCAUUGUUUUUGUUGAUGCGGAGUAGAAAAGAAGCUCUUUCCCUUGUUCUAAACAUACUUAUUGCGUUGUCGUCAAAUGGACAAAUAGUGAAGGAGAUGCUGGAAUAUGGUGGAUUAUUGUACAUAUUAUCUGUUUUCUGUUCAACUGAGGGUGAUCCAGGCGAGAGAUUACAAGCUGCUGAAUUGCUCACUAAACUCCAGAUAGACAAGCUGACUGGACCUCGAUGGACUCGUUUCAUAACGAAAUUCCUUCCACCUAUAUUUGCUGAUGCUCUGCGAGAUUCUCCAAAUACUGCUAUCACCAUGUUCGACUCUACCAACGAGAAUCCAGAACUGAUUUGGAACGAGGGAACACGUGCUAAAGUGCGAAACAUCAUUGAGCGCGGAGCAGAUGAGCUGCACCUAGCUCAGUCGAACAAUCCCGACCAGAAAUGGGACACCGGCUCUCUUUCCGACGACUCUUGUGCUUAUGCAGAUUCUGUUACUGGCGAACUGGUUGUUGGUGGAGUAUUCGUACGAUUAUAUGUGGCAAACCCAGCAUGGGCUGUCCGACAUCCGCGGCAGUUUGCGACGGAACUCAUCGAAAAAGUUCUUGAACUAAUGCACAAACCAAGCAGUGAUCUCACUCUUGUGACCACUGCUUUCAUUGAAUUGCUGCGGAAUUUCCCAAGUACUGCUGAUCAGAUGCCGGCACAAGGUUACCUACCGCAGUUUAGCAAAGCGAUGUCGGCAAGGGAUCCACAGACGUCGCGAUCUGCAAUUCUUAUUCUUCAGCAACUCGCUGAGAAUCAUUAUUGUGCCGAUGCACUUUCGCGGAUCAACUGCAUUGAAGGAAUCAUGACCUCGAUGAAAAAUCAGCCAACCUUGAUGUAUGAGUCUGCACACGCAUUGAAAUGUUUGAUGCGGAAGAACAACGGAAAUCUUGCGGAGCAAAUGUUAUCUACAGGGAUGGUUGAUUAUCUUCUUGAAGUGCUUCAAAGUGAUUUGCCAGGUGUUGCAAAUUCCCCAGCAGCCCGCGCCGAAAUUGUGGACGCCUUGAAGAGUGCGUGUUUGGAUCUUCAGGUCGGAGAGAAGAUCUCGGAUAUUUUGAAUCGAUCCCCCAUAUGGGCUCAAUACAGAGAUCAACGGCACGAUCUUUUCCUGCCCGCUCCUAGGACACAGGCUAUUACUGGGACAACAACCGGAGUUGCUGGCUAUCUCACCGAAGGCAUGUUCAGCCCACCUCCACUUCAUUCUCAACCGCCUCCAAUUGAACGAACUGGAUAG